AAAUACGGAAUGACCGCCUUAGGCCAAGCCGCUCAAGGUUGCCGAAACGAGAAAGCGGUAAUUUCACUUCCAAACUAUUGAUGCUAGGGUUGGUUGUUGAUUUGUCACACGAUUGUCUAACGGUAAAUAAAAUAAUCACUUCCUGAUGAGUCGAGAGGAUGAAUUCUCAUCACUUGUCACCCAAGCGCGUCUAAAAUGUGAGGAAGGGAAUUUUCAUGAGUCACUUAAGCUUUGUCAGAAUGCCUACGCAAUAAAUCCUUCUUCUAGUCUUAUGCGAAAAAUUGUUCGUCUUCAAAAUUUAGUAAGCCAAGAUACCAAGGAGAACAUUCCAAUAGCUCCCGAAAAAUCUGAAAAUUCUUUAAAAGGAGCUGCUAAGUACUUUGUUUGCGAGUCUGAGAAGUAUGUAUCUCCUAGUAACAUAACUGACAGCACUAAUCUUCUGAAGGAAGCGUAUUUAUGUGUUCCGUCAGCUGAGAUUGAAUCAAAGAUUGGACGAAGUGAAUCAGCUCAUCCUACAACCUAUACUGAUACUUCAAACACGAAAGAAGCUUCAGGGGAAGAAAAGCUUUAUGAUGGUACUCAAUUCACUCUAAUUGAUAAAGCGAAAUUGUUAUAUCAAUCUGGAGACUAUGUUGAAUGCCUUCGUCUUCUUAAAAAAGCCUACAACCUUAAGCAAUGCGAUAAAGUAAAGCGGAAAAUUGAAAGGAUCGAAAAUUAUUUGAAAGAAAACGGAAUUCCUGUUGAUCAUUAUGAUUAUAAGUCGCACACUAAUAAUGUUGUUACUGCAGUUGACCAUGAUGAUGAAAAGGACCCUCCUAAACUCACCUAUGAUUUGGUCGAAAUAGCUGAUAGAUUCAGUGUUCCCAAGUUGUUAUAUGAUAAAUUGUAUGAUUAUCAAAAGUACGGUGUUAAAUGGCUUUGGAGUUUACAUCAGAAAAAUUCUGGCGGCAUAUUAGCUGAUGAUAUGGGACUAGGUAAAACAGUUCAGGUUAUUGCUUUUCUUUCUGGCCUGUUCGUAUCUAGUAAAUUUUCUUGCACAGUGUUGAUUGUAAUGCCAGUCAGUGUUUUGGUUACUUGGGAAGCUGAACUAAAAAGAUGGGCACCAGGACUUCGUGUUAUUGUUUUUCAUGAUAACAGUCGAGCGGAUCGUCUUAAAAGUUUAGUAUCAAUCCAACGACAUGGUGGUAUUCUACUUACAACAUACGGAACACUUGUUUCCAGCAUAAAAGAUUUGUCUACUGAUUUAAAUGCAAAUCCUGAAUUUUUAAGGUCAUACAAAAAACAAAAAUCCACUGACAAUGAUGCCAGUGAUAUUCUUGCUAGGAUGGGUAAAGAAUUUCAUUGGACUUAUUUAAUAUUGGAUGAAGGACAUAAAGUCAAAAAUUCAUCUGCUAAGACGACCAAAGCAGCUCAAGCAAUUUAUGCAGAUCAUUGUAUUCUCUUAACUGGUACUGCUGUACAAAAUAAUCUCAAGGAAUUAUGGUCUCUUUACAAUGUAACUCAUCGUGGUCGACUCUUAGGUACACAAAAAACGUUUUCUAUUGAAUAUGACAAACCAAUAACUCGUGGACGCGAAAGAGAUGCUUCUCGUGCUGAAAAAGUACACGGUCAAUUAAUGGCUGAAAGUUUACGACGUAUAAUAGAUCCAUAUUUUUUGAGACGCACAAAAUCUGAAGUUUUAUCUCAACAGUAUAAUAUGAAUGCGGCUGUACCGAUAAAAGAUAAAAUGCCACGUAAAACAGAAAUUGUAUUAUGGGUUUACUUAAGUUCCAUACAAGAAUCCACAUAUCGUGAUUUUUUACAACUUGAUAACGUAAAAGAAUUAUUAAUGCAGCGUACAAAACGUUCACCAUUAAUGGAAUUGGUAAUUCUAAAAAAGCUCUGUGAUCAUCCGCGUCUUUUGUCCACUGAACAAUGUUUAAAUCUUAAUUUAAAUUAUGAUGAUGGCAAUGGUAAAGGUGAUAAUUUUCAUAUUGAUGAAAUUGUUUCACAUAAAAUACAUUUUCCACCAUCAGAACAACUGAUUAAAGAAUCUGGGAAAUUCUUGUUUCUUCAUUGUUUGAUGAAACAGUUUUUGCUUGAAUUACAAUCGAAUCCACAAAGAGAUUCACCGCGCACGUUGAUAUUUUCACAAAGUAUAAAGUUUCUUGAUAUGGCUGAAAAAGUUAUUCUAGAUAUAAAAUGUCCUGUUAAUAAUUAUACAUUUAAUGACAAUUUGCACUGUCCUACGCAACAUCGUAUUUUACGAUUAGAUGGUCGUACUGCAAAAGUAUGCGAUCGUCUAAGCAUAAUUAAUAAAUUUCAAAAUGAUAAAUCUUAUACAGUUAUGCUGUUAACUACUCAAGUUGGUGGUGUUGGACUGACAAUUACAUCAGCUAAUCGUGUUAUCAUUCUCGAUCCAAGUUGGAAUCCAGCUGUAGACUCACAAGCUGUAGAUCGUGCGUACAGAAUAGGUCAAAAAUUAGAUGUAGUUGUAUACCGAUUGAUUACUUGUGCAACUGUCGAAGAAAAGAUUUAUCGUCGUCAAAUAUUCAAAGAUUCCGUAAUUCGCCAGACAACGUCGACAGGCCAAAACAAAACGGACUUAGAUCCUUACCGGUAUUUCAGUCGCCAAGAGCUGGUUGAAUUAUUUAGUCUCGGAGACACACGUAUUUCUGAAACUAAACGGCAGCUAGACAUAUUACAUGAUGGUUCAGAUAGAUGGUCUGAUAGUUCCAUUAGCCCACAUUUAAAAUUCCUCAGUAGUGAUGCACUAAAGCAUGUUGUUUAUGGUUUAUCGUUUCAUGAUUUAAUGUUUAGUAAGGAAUCUAUUAACGAAGGAGCUAUUGAUACGGAUCAUGAGAAAUUAUACGUUAUGAAUCGUUGUGUUGCAGCUGAACGUGCCAUAGCUGAAGAAUGUGCUGUUGAAGGAAGAGUAAUUGGUAAAGAAAUGCCAGCAGUCACAAUGACACAAGCAGAAAGUACUGUAAAAUCAUUGCCAACACAUUUAGCAAAUCUUAAUUUACAAAAUAAAUUACCACCUUCCAGUUACCACGAUCAUGACAAUCGUUUUAUUAAUCAUGUACCAUUAGAUCAAUUGUUCAAGCCUUCCAAGUCUGACACUCAUAGACCAAUGUUCAAUAGACCAGUAACAUCAUUUAACAAUCCACACACUAACAUCAUUUACACUUCAUCUAAUAUUGAACAUCAUAGUGAAAAUAUAAGUCCCAAUUCAAAUAUACCAUUAGUAUGCACCACUGCUGAGCAUCAAUCAGUUGAUCGAAUUAGUUCUGUAAACACGUACGGGGUAAAUGAACCCCUCUCGCCAAAGCUAGGACGUCAGUUACAAGAUGCUACUGAAGUUGUAGAAAUACAGAAGAAGAAUGAUAAUGGAUCUCUGAAAAUCAGGAAUUCUCCAACUGAUGAUCUGUCGGAUAAUGAGUGCCUCGAUACACCUCCUAGUGCACCAGUUGCUGAUAUAGAAUGCAUAACUAUAGAGGAUUCAAUUACGCAAAGUUUGCGAGAAAUAAGUAUAACUCAGAAAACUCCAUCAAGAUCUCAUGAUAAUGAUAAAACUAACAAAGGAUCAAAUAUUUUAAAAACUCCACUUCAUCAUCUUCGAACUUCGUUAAAUUCGAGAUCAUCAUUUGCACCAUUCAAUUCAAAUUUUUAUCGUUCUACUCCAUUAUCUUCAAGGAAGUCAACAAAAAUUCCUCCUAAGGAACACUUUGAACAGUGUGGACAGGAAUUAAACGAAAAUCUCGGUGACAUCAAAUCACCAACAGAUUUUGAUCCUGCUCAGAAUUAUAUACAUAUGGAUAUUAGUAUGGACAUAAACGAAGAUGAUUUAGCUAAUACAGUAGAUAUGAAGUCAAUUCAGCAAGUCGGUAGUUUUGAGUUUUUACUUGACUUUCUGUAUAUUCGUUUACAUAGUUGUUGUGCUGAAUUGAAUCUACGAAUAUGCAUAAUAGUGGACACUGUUCUUCAACUUCGAACACAAAUGAAUACAGGGAAUCUCUUUUAUAAGUAAAACGACUAUAAAAUUUCAUUGUCCCUCUUAAACAUUAUAAAAAGAAGAAAAAAGCGUUACAACAGACACGUGGUUUAAAGUACUCAGACUAACUUUAUAUGAUAUUAAGUCGAAGCGUAUCUUAUGGAAUGUUAUCUUACCAAGGAAACGUCCAUAAACUUCUGCACUCAGUGUGACCGAAUAGGUAGCUGGUUUUCCCAAACUCUCUGAUACUCCCGAGAAUGGGGAAAGUCCGCUCUCCCUUUCGAAAUGCGUAUGUAGCCACUACCAGGGAAGUCCUAUUCAUUGGCUUCUCGCAGCAGGAGUGUUGUUUACGAAAUUCAGAGAACAAAACGCGAAUGUCCGAGUUGGUGAGUACGUAGGAUUCACCUAGCGAAGCUGGGAAACCCUGAUUCCAAACCUAUGGUGCUUAUGGUCUUCAGGAUCUUGAGUAAACAAAUGGUAUAUAUAAACCUAUUGUUUGUCACCGGCUAUCUAGGUAGCGGAUCUCUCAAUGUUACUCACACAGAACUGGAAUCUAUGUUAAAUUUUCAUCACGUUUUAAUCCAUUGUAGUGUUUACUCACUGGAUGUUCUUUGAUUAUUUAUAGCAUGUGUUAUAUGAAAUAUUCCUUAGAAUUUUUCUCAGAAAAUAUCCAUGAAAUUGUAGUUAUAAGUAGCAUAAGAAAUAUGUCUGACUUUUUUGUGUAAAUUUUAUGUGCGGCUAUAUAUUUUCUGAUUACUAAAAAGAAAAUUUUGUCUUUUUUUAAAAAUUGGUUGUAAUGUUAUAUUUUUCUGUUCGUUUAGGUACUUGCAAAAUCUGGUGUUUUGAAUUCUACUGAUUUAAACAAUAUAAAUGAAACUGGAGGAGGCGAAUUCAUGUCAAAUUCAAUUGAAAUCCAUAAAUCUUCCACUGAACAAGAACUUAAUUCAGUUUCGGAAGAAAAUGAUUUGACUAAAUCUUUAAGUGAUUCUGAAGUUGCCAUGGACUCUUACAUAAAUCGUCAGUCUGUCGAGAAGACGCAUAUUGACGAUACUGAUAUUAUUGAAUCUAGUUUCUGAAGAUGUUUUUUAAAAUUUGAUUUUAAAAUAUGUAAAUAGUACAUCAGUUCAAUAUAAUCGUUACGUUUUCUUUACAUUAGUAAAGAGUAAUUAUAAAAUAAUAUCCUAAUAAGUAGAAAAUAGAAUUUCUAUCGUUUCAUGGCAUAGUGUAAGUUGCUGCUUCAGAAACAAUUUAAUUUUCUACUCACUGGGAUAUUACAAAUGUAUCAUUUUAUUAUUACAAACAGUCUACUCAAUCCUCAAUGUAUUUGAAAGUAAGUGGAAAAUGACAUAUAUUUUGUAUUUUUGUCAAUUGAGUAGCUACGAACAGAAUAUUAGUAAACUGUGGGCCAGUUUUU